CCGGCGGAAGGCCCACCACCAGUCGGCAGUCGCGUUAAAAAGGGUUUCCUUGGACCUUUUCUCGCGCGAAAACAAAGCAAUAAACGAGAGGCACGCGGCGCCGCCGUCGACUUUGACCGCCGACAAGCUAUCCUCUGCCGCUGCUAUGCUAGAGACCCAUCAUCCCUGCAGGCACUGCCCUAGCUCUCACGUACAUGGGUCAAACCUACUCCUCCCGGCAUGUCCACACGCCGCCGAUCCGAUCGAUAUAUGCAGCCACCAGCCCAGCAGCCGAACGAGUGCUGCUGCCUCUAAGUACGUACUGUACACACCCAGGAAACUAAAGACCUCCAGGAGUAGUCGUCGUCCUCCGAUCCGAUCCUAUUCCUUUCAUCGAUCGAUCUUCUAGCUACGAGUGUACCAACCUACCAUGGGCAAUAAUGGCUGCCUCCUGCUCGCGCCGCGCUGCUUCCUGCUGUCGUGUCGGCGGCGGAAGGCGCGGCUGGUGCUGUGGGGCGGGGAGACCCGGGCGGCCCGGCACGGCAAGCUGGCGGGGCAGGUGAUGAUGGACGUGGCGGGCACCGUGGUGUGCCGCGCCGACGCCUUCUACCUGGGGCGCCCGGCGCCCGUGCUGGCCAUCGAGGACAGGCUCCUGGGCGGCGCCACCUACCUGGUGCUCCCCGUGGACCGCCUCCCGCAGGGCUACGACGCGCUGACCGCCGCGUCCCUGGCCGCGCUCUCCUACGGCAGCAGGCGGCCCGGAGGCGGGUCCGGCUCGGCGUCGUCGCCGUCCAUCGCGGGAGGCGCCCGGAGCCCCUUCGAGUACGUCAAGGGCGACGACGGGCGCACCGUCAUCAAGGUCACGCCCGAGUUCCUCGUCGGGGCCAUCACGGCGGCGGACACCAAGGAAGCCGGCGAGGCGUGCGCCGGCGGGGCGCUGUGCAGCACGCCCGAGCUGCGGAAGCACUACGAGCAGCUGGUGGGCGCCGCCAGGGGCCGCGCGUGGUCGCCGCGCCUCGACACCAUCAAGGAGCGCAAGGGCAGGAGGGCCCUCGCCCUCGCCGCGGUCGUCAGCCCCGGCAGGCUGUCGCCGGUGGCCGUCACCAGGCUCCUCGGCCUGGACGCCGCCAAAGCAGAAACCACCACCAGAUAGCGAUCGAUCUCUGAUCCAGCGCUAGCUCAACUGCAUGCGCAUGCAAAAGGGACCUGAUCUCGGAUGGAAAUGCAUGGAUCGGAGGAAGCAAUCGAUUCUUGGAUGUCUCUAUCUGGAUCGAUAGACGAUAGUCCAGUCCAGUCCAGUCGAGUGCGCGCGCGUAGAACCGGGUUAGUUUCUGUAAUUACUCCUCUCUUUCGAAUCAUGAUGAGUCGUCGUUCUAAUUUUUUUUAGAUUUCUACUAUAUACGUAAAAAGAUCUUAUCUAGAAAAGAAAAGUUAGAACGUGUUACCAUCAGCGAACGAAGAGAGUAUUAUGUGUAAAUCUUGUAUUUGUUUGUACAGUAAGAGAAAAUUGAACUCUACAUAGAUUAUCUC